AUGGCUCGAUUGAGCGUUAUUGAGAAUUCUGGUUCCGGUCGCUCUUCGGCCCGAACGGCUGCUUUCCUUGCUCAGAUGCUCUUCGCGUCAGGGAUGUGUGCCACUCAGCCAUCCUUCAAGGCCGAGGCUUAUCAUUCGCCAAUAAAUUCUUCGUCGCCAAUCGACGAUCAGAAAGAGAGCCAGGAUGUUCGAGACAUGGCUGCAGCAUACCUCGCUAGCGGCAUUAUAGUUCUCAGCCUUAUCGCUUCCUUUUAUCGAAAGCAUAGUGCGCUACGUCCAGCCAAGGUUAUCCGCACUUUUAGGAAGAGGGCCGAAGCCAAGAGCUUUUGCAGGCCUACAGCGCCCAAGCAUCACAGCUUCUUCCAAUUGGAAACCCUAGACUACCGUCGACCUGAUCAUUCUGACAAAAUUGUGUAUUGGGAGUUAUAUCAACAGAACUGUCUGGAACCAUUCAAGCCAAAAUAUAUUGCCGAAGAAGACAACUUCCAUACUAACGUUCUCCUUAUUGAUUCUGGUAUUGAUAUAACCCACACAACUAUCGAUCUUCAGAUGGAAGAUGGCUUGAUUCAGCCAUGGCGGGACUAUACAAUCAUGAAUACUAAUGACACGGACACCGGUAUCAGUUCAUCAUUGGAGGAUGAAUUUGGCCAUGGGACUAGCGGUGCACAUAUUAUUGUGACGAUUGCCCAGUCGGCAGUGGUAUACUCUGCUCGUGUUUGUAAGAGUGAUUCUACAGAAGUUGACCCACUAAUCGUGGCGAAGGCUAUCAAUGACGCCAUAGAAAACCAAGAAAGCGCAGAAAACCAAGGAAGUGUAAAGUUUCAAUUCAUAAUCAUGCCGCUUGGAUUCCCUGAGGGAACUAUAGGUCUGGAUGUUUUGAAAAUAGCUAUUGAAGCUGCAUCCAAAAAGGGGAUCACUCUUAUCGCAGCUGCUGGGAACGAGGGAAAUUGCAAAAACCCUGCACCACCAGCGUGCUAUCCGGAGGUACUCUGUGCCCUCUCCUGUGAUGGAAAUGGAACACCAUCUGGGUUCAGCCCUUCUAUUCAGAUUAAUGCCGAAAAGAAGACGGAAUUCCUUGUGCCUGGCGAGGGGAUUGAGUGCGCUUGGAUCGAGCCGGGCAAAUGCCACCGGCAACAACGUUUCCCCAAACAUAUUGAUCCUCUAGGUCCUGAUGAGAAGGGCGGGUUUACGUAUGUAUCUGGCACCUCGUUCGCAUGCUCUGUUCUCGGAGGCAUUUCCAUUAAUAUCCUCGAGAGACUAUACGAGGUAGCUAUAAGGGAUUGUGGUCUAGAUGCGGAAUCUGCUAAGGAGGCAGUGGAUAGAGUAAGGAGGGAUCAUUUAAUAGAAAUUUUGGGUCGUAUGGAGAGACCGGAGCGCAGGGCUUACCUACUUGUCCCAACACAAGUCACCGACGAGGUUUUGAAGGGCUACCUUGAUAAAAGCCCAAGAGGAUUAACCGCCUCUAGUUGA